AUGGAGGUAAGUCCAAAUAUUUACUCAAAUCUUCCGCUGUUUGAUAAUUCUGAUAUUGAUAUUGAUCAAAAUAAUGAAAAUUUAACGUGCAAUGCCUUAAACGGCGUUUCUAAAACACCUAAGGCCAUAGCGGAAAAGAAAAAACAGAACAACAUGGAACCAGAACACGAAUCAGAAAUAGUAGAGAAAAAUAAAACUAAAAACAAAAAUAAGAAGGCAGCAAAACGUCAAAGGCCGAAUGAGUGCCAGGAAGAUGAAGAUUCAGUGGCUGAAAUGAAAAAGCAACUAAAAGAAAAGGACGAAGAAAUUAAAAAUCUCAGAAACCAAAUGCAUCAAUUGAAUGAAAAAAUCAAUGGACUACAAAAUACAAUAAUAAACUCUCAAGAAAAAGUAAUCGAAACUAUAGAUAAAAGAUUCGACGAACUUAAAAACGAAAACCAGACAACCGAUAUACAAAUAAAUGAAAAAAAAUCGAUGACAGCAAUCCCAAAGAAAAAAAUUGAAGAUACUAAUAAUAACAUCGCAAAUACAAAAAAUUUACCCAUAACACCCACAACAAAAACAAAUGAAGAUUUCCCUUCCCUGCCAAAAAAGGUCGGAAAAGACAACAGCGUGCCAUCAACAUCUAAGGUAAGCAGCACUGAUGAUGAAAUUGUCAUUCCGAAGACGUACUGUGAUGUAUCCGGAUACUGA